CAUGGAGCUGGGGAAGGGUGUACGAAUAAUUACUACGUAAUUCUUUAACAAUGAAAACUAAACUACGACUAGUUUGGGUAUUCCAAUUGUUUUGCUAGUGCUAUCUAUUGAGUGGGUUUGGAUGUACCGGCAACACUUAAACAUGUCACUAGUUUAAUACUGUGUUAACAUCAAGAUCAACACAUUUUAGGAGCUAAAUCACUUUUUAGUUUGGGAGAAACAAAUCCUAUUUGUAGUUGAUGUUUAUAUCGAUCGAUCAUGAAAUAAUUUUUUUAUUUGUUCUGAUUGGAUUAAUCUUCCUUCCGAUUCAUUUUAAAGUUCUUCUCAGGCAUAAGGAAAUGUGGCGCAGCUUUUUAAUUAAAAUGAUGUUUUGGAUGUGUAUUCAUAGCCAAAGGUAAUGGGAGCUAAUGAAAAUAAAAAACAUGAUGUUGGGAAAAAUUAGUAACCUCCCAGCACACUAAUUGAUGUUGAUAUUGGAAUUUUCUUUAACCCAGAGAGAAGUGGAUUGCCGGCAAUAAUGGCCCGCCCGGCAUGGCCCAAAGGGCAAUGGACUUCAAAUGGUGAUUCAAAUCCAAAGAAAAGUAGCAUUCUUCAGGAUAGAAGUGUCAAGGGUGUAGACUCCACCAGACUUGUGUACUUCAAAAAAUGUCACACAAUGGGCACAAGUUCGCUCACAUAGACUAAAUUGAAUGAGAAUUUUGUUACACUUAGAAGUUAGAAUAGAUGAUGAUAACAUUGAUGCACCUGAGUACUUAUGAGAUAGACCCAUUAGCAAGAGUAACAUGGGUACUGGACUACUGGAGUAGUUGUGUUACAGACGGAAAAUUGGUCGGGAUUACUUGUCAUAUGAUUGGUUGUGCCAGUGUCAAUGACCCACAUGGAAUAAGAGGAAACACAUGUAUUUGAAUUAUUGCACGUCUUACGCAAAACAAACAAAGUUAUGUCAAUUGUACAACUGUUAUUCCUACAAGAAAGAGAGUUCUACCUCUCAACAUCUAUGAAGUGCAACCGUAGAAAGUUUUAGUGUGUAAGACUGCAUGUUAUUGAAUGAAUACUGUAAUAUCAAUUUCAUAGGCUUUGCAUUUUGUAAUUUUACAGCUGAAACUUAAACGAUAAAAUACCAUGUUACGGAGUAUUAUUAAGUAUGUUACAUUUAUCACCUGUUUUUUUCAUCCUUGCAAACUUGUGCUGCUACACAGGGAAACACAAGGUAAUAAAUAGUCGAGUUCAAUUAAACUAAUAUUAUCCAAAAUUUCGUAGCAAAUGAUCCCUAGAGGUCGUAGAUUAGCUGAACUAUGCUAUAUUAAGAUGCAUAUGGCUAUGUUCACUGUUAAAUAUGCAGUGAAUAUAAGUUCUUUCUUUUUGAAAAAAUGGUAACUGGAGUAGAAAAUUUAGUGUGUUUAAAGUUAUAUUUUCGUCCUAGUUUCCACGUUGAAAGGCACAUUAUUUCAAAAGAUAAGUGAUCUCAAUGCAUCUCGUGUUUCAUCAACCAACAAUUAAAUUUUGAAAUAUAAUAAAAAUAGAACACCGUGCAUUUGUAUGUGGCAUACUCACAUAUUUUAGGGAGUUUUUGCUAGGGUACUUUGCUCACAUGGUAAAUAAAUGAAAAUUGUAGGCACUCUAACGAUGUAGCUAGAGAUAGCUUAUUUGGCAAUACUCUAACGUUUUUCUGUUUAUGUUGGAUGUGCUAGUGAUGUAUGUUGUUGAUCUUAAAAGGGGUGUUUAUUACCAGAAGUGCCAUGAUCCUGAUUGCAGAGGCUAUCGAUCCCCUUUAUGCCCCAUCCCUGACAAUGUCAUAGCUCGUUCAGUAUCUUUUAAUGUAGAAGGUAAUACUGAAGGUUUGGGACACACAGUUGUAAUAGCGAUGGGAGUAUUAUAGACAACUGCCAGAAAGAUUGGUGGCUUGAAACCAUCACAUUUGCUGAUCAGGUAGAGGGCAUACCAAAAGCCUUGAAUGUAGCUGGUGACAACCCGGACGGAACGUCAGGAAAAGAAGAAGAAGAAGAUGAUGAUGAUGAUGAAGAGUGGUGGACGACUGUUGAAAAGAUUGCAACACAAACAGAGCGGGCUUACCUGGGGGAAAUGCUUAGUGCUGAUAAGUCAGUCGUUUCCUACGAUAAGCUAGUGUAGGCCACUUGUAGGUUAGCUGGAUUAAUAAGUGACUUUUUUUUUUUUUACAGUCGGAUAAAUAAUUGACUUGUUAAUUGUCUAAUGUAGAAUCUUUUCCCAUUGAAAAUUUUUGAGGCAAAAGAUUUAGCAGCUGAGAAGGAAGGAAAGUGCUCCUGUACAUUGAAGAGGGAAUGUAGGCCCCACUUUUGAGACUGUUCACUCUCCUCAGGAACUGUAGAAUGGCCAUGGGAUCUGCACUUGAACUUUGAAGGUCCAAGUUUGCAGCAUCUAUAGCAGAAUCCUGGGACAUUCUCAAAAGAGCAUUGAAUGAUGAUGUCUCUAGGGCCAAUUUUAAGAAACCGAUUGCCAAACAAGAAUCGGGGCGACGUCAUCUAAUAUUAAUUAUAUAAUACUCUGUACUACAUAUAACAUUCGGACUCGGCAUAAUUUAUUCUGUAUUACUACAAAUUAGCAUAUGUUAUAAGGUUCGUUGAGCGGAUCUGCAAUUCUGUAUUGCCAGUACUUAUCAGCAAGAGUUAUAUAUGCAGGGAGAGAAAAAAUGAUGGAACAGAGUAAAGCACCUUGAAUCUAUAAUGUGCAAUAUCCUCACAGCCAAGGACAUAAAGUUGACAACUUGAUCAACUAAGAUUCGGCUUGCUGAGCUUUUUUCCUCUGUUGCAACUUUGGGAGCCUUGGGAACAAUAUAUUGUUCAAUUGUCUCUCGGCACUAUACUCUGAGGAGGCCUGUAAAAACAUCAUAUUUCA